AUGUCCCUUAUAGCAUCAGCACCAGUGCCAACUCUUUCCACAUCUCGUCCGUUCACCAUUCGACGCGCGCGGUUCUCUGACCUCCGCUGCGCUGCGCGCAUCUGCCGUCUCGCCUUCUGGGACGACGUCCUCUUCGGCCGUCUGAUUCACCCAUACCGCGCGAAAUACCCGUUUGAUGUCGACAAGUACUGGUAUCGUCGGUUCGUGGUCGACUUCUGGAAGUGGAACGAUGUGUUUCUCGUGGCUACCGAGACUGUAGAUGUCGAUGAUAGUCGUAAUCCAAGCCCAGGGAUAGCCACGCAGAGGGAAAUCAUUACCGGGUUCGCGCACUGGAGUCGUAUUGGCCCUAGUCGGAGGAAGAACUAUGCCGCGGGCUGGGACCUCGCAUGGUGGGAUUUGCGACGCUUGCUGAGCCCCCUGACUUCAGUCUCCAUGCGUAUCCUUAACUUCUUCUCUCCCAACCGCGCCGCCUCACCCACAGACGAAGACAUCAUCGAACAAUCAUACCACUACCUCGACCAUAUUUGGCUCGGUCCCCGUGCCGAGUCAUGGUAUUUGGAAUGCUUGGCCGUAGAUCCAGCUUAUCAGAAUCAAGGGGCCGGUCGUGCCCUGGUGGCGUGGGGGUUGGAGCAAGCACGCAAAGAAGGCAUCGCAACGAGCGUGAUAGCUGCGGACGGAAAGGAGCGGUUCUACCAGAAUUGUGGGUUCGACAUCGGACCGGUGGGCAGGUCGGGCGAGGGAGAAGGGAAUCCCCUGAGAAAGGCUCCGGGAGGCUUGGUGUUUUUCAAGGACAAGGAGGGCGUGGUGGUUGAACAGAGAGCGCCGGGCGAGUGGAUGGAGGGCACUGGAGUCUUUGAUUGGGAGGAGUGGGAGAGAAGGGUCUGGAAGGGGAAGAAAGUGGAUGAAGAACGGUAA